UAGGAAUGCAAUUAGGGUCUCUCUAGUGACUCCUCCCCGUUCCAUGAUUCAAUCGCGACGAUCUUAGCAAGGAGACUAGUGGCGGCGAUUCCACUGUAGCGCGUUCUCGUUGUAAGAGAUGGCGGUGCGAGGAGUGUGGCAGCUAAAACGGCUGAUCGUCAACCACUGCGACUUCUCCGGCAGUAGCCGCGGCGCGAGGGAGUUUGUGGCGUCCCUCCUGCCGCACUUCACAGAGGGGAACCCCCAGUUGGCGGUGGAGGCUGUUGUGAGGAGGGGCAAGCACCCAAACCUGCACGCAGAAUACGUGAAUGGGAGGGAGAGGGUGGUUGACGUGAAGAAUCAGGAAGCGGAGACCAUUCUUAUCCAGGCUUUAAGGUUGCGGAACUCCACUGGGCGAAAAGUGGUCAAAUUGAAGACAAGGCACGAGUCGGCACGGCCUAGCAUUCAAGGAAUGUGGACACCUGAGUUGCAAGCCCAGCUUAGAUCACAAGCAGCGUCUUAGAGUCUAGGAGUGCUUGUAUUGGGGGAAAUCAUACCUAAUGGUUUUUCUCUUCCAAGCAGCCUGAUGGGGUCUAGGAGUGCUUGUAUUGGAGGCCUUAUACUGGAUAGGAUGGCCCUCAUCCAACGAGACUCUUCUAUUCCAACAGGUUUCUAGCAUUGUGUUGUGCUGCAGUGUGUGAUCGACCAUGUGCGUGCCACUAUUGUCCACUACUAAACCGAGUGAACUUUG